AUGGACUCGGUCGCUCAUCGACCAUGGGAGACGGCCUCGGGCCCUCAGACGCCCGCCGCUUCAAACCAGACCCUGCCAUCCAUAUCGACGCUCACUGCGAAUAUGAACGGGAUGCAUUCGUCAGAGAAGUCGCCUGGGAACUCGUCGCUGAACACGGUUGAACGAGACUCGGGGAAUUGGUCCAUGCCCCAAAGCACAAGUAGGACUCCUCCCGGAGCGCAUGAGUUGCGGCGGGCUGACCCUGCAGGAUCUUCCACCUACUCGACCACGACCAAUGGCACCGGUAACAACUAUCCCUCUCUCACCUUUUUGACCUCGACCUCGCAACCCUCACCAAACCGAAGCCACCCUGCGCCCGCUCCAGACCGUUCGCCUUAUGGGCACGACCAAUCCACCCCUCCCUCGGCUGGUACCCAGCAGCCUUCUCCCAGCUAUAACACUUCUCAGCCAAAUGGCGCGCUUCCCUCGAUCAACCAGAAUUAUGACGUCUCAUCCCAACGUGGCAGCGUUGCCGAGGUUUCGGAAUCGCGUCGCAGCUCCAUCGAUAGUCGCAUGAACCAGGGAAUCAGCUCGCUUGCCAUUAACCCGGCGUCGCCCUACCACAGCACCAAUGCGUCGCAGUCCUCGAUCGUGUCCGGCUUGCAGCGAGAGCGCGGUAUAACCAACGAGAUGAACUCCUACCGGGGCCGCGCUACUCUGGCGGUGGUCAACCUCUAUCACCUUUGGGACCUCGACCGGGCGAACCUCGAAACUUCCAAGCAGGACGCAGCGCACCUCCGAUCUCUUCAAAUCCGCGCUCAGAGAUUUACAAUGCCGAGGCACCAACGGCGGGCAUGGCGCAGUACCGCGGAGUCGUUGAGUAGCAUGUACUCGGAGUCGCGCAUGCCGCGCGGACAACAUGAACUGCCACAAAACGUACAUCAUCAUUCUUUGCAGCACAAGCAAGUUCGGGAAUUAAUUGGUGAAGCUGAUGGCGGCAAUACGCCGUAUAGCCGAACCCCGGAAUUACGCGUCACACAUAAGCUCGCCGAGCGUAAGCGACGUAGUGAGAUGAAGGACUGCUUCGAGGCCCUGCGCGUGCGCCUUCCCCAAGCCCAGAACAACAAGUCCAGCAAGUGGGAAACGCUCACUCGGGCCAUCGAAUAUAUCAGCUCACUUGAGAAAUCACUCGGUCAAACACGGCGAGAGAACUCUCUCAUGCGCACACAGCUUGAGGAGAUGCAAGCGCAAUUAAAUCAGCAACAGGCCAACGGGCCCUCAAGAACCCCUUCGAUCUUUGAGCACCACAUGUCGGCCACCCCGACCAACGGCCAGCAAGGGCCUAUGUUCGGUGGAUUUGGAAACGGGUCCAAUAUGGCCCAGGAACAGCCUCGCACUCUACCACCGCUCAUGAACGGCUCUGUGGCCCCGAUGCAGGGGAUUCAGUACACCGAUGAGCGACGGUAG